AUGGCCUGCUCACAGAUUCUGCCCUCUCUCCUGCCCUCUCCUGCCCUCUCUCCUGCCCUCUCUCCUGCCCUCUCUCCUGCCCUCUCUCCUUCCCUCUCUCCUGCCCUCUCCUGCCCUCUCUCCUUCCCUCUCUCCUGCCCUCUCUCCUGCCCUCUCCUGCCCUCCCUCCUGCCCUCUCUCCUGCCCUCUCUCCUGCCCUCCCUCCUGCCCUCCUCCUGCCCUCUCUCCUGCCCUCUCUCCUUCCCUCUCUCCUGCCCUCACUCUUGCCCUCUCUCCUGCCCUCUCUACUGCCCUCUCCUGCCCUCUCUCCUGCCCUCUCCUGCCCUCUCUACUGCCCUCUCUCCUGCCCUCACUCCUGCCCUCUCUCCUGCCCUCUCCUGCCCUCUCUCCUGCCCUCACUCCUGCCCUCUCUCCUGCCCUCUCCUACCCUCACGCCUGCCCUCUCUCCUGCCCUCACUCCUGCCCUCUCCUGCCCUCACUCCUGCCCUCUCUCCUGCCCUCACUCCUGCCCUCACUCCUGCCCUCACUCCUGCCCUCUCCUGCCCUCUCCUGCCCUCACUCCUGCCCUCUCUCCUGCCCUCACUCCUGCCCUCUCCUGCCCUCUCUCCUGCCCUCUCUCCUGCCCUCUCCUGCCCUCUCUCCUGCCCUCACUCCUGCCCUCUCCUGCCCUCACUCCUGCCAUCUCCUGCCCUCUCUCCUGGCCUCUCCUGCCCUCACUCCUGCCCUCUCCUGCCCUCUCUCCUCUCCUGCCCUCUCUCCUUCCCUCUCUCCUGCCCUCUCCUGCCCUCCCUCCUGCCCUCUCUCUCCUGCCCUCUCUCCUGCCCUCCCUCCUGCCCUCCCUCCUGCCCUCUCUCCUGCCCUCUCUCCUUCCCUCUCUCCUGCCCUCACUCCUGCCCUCUCUCCUGCCCUCUCUCCUGCCCUCUCUACUGCCCUCUCCUGCCCUCUCUCCUGCCCUCUCCUGCCCUCUCUCCUGCCCUCUCUCCUGCCCUCUCUCCUGCCCUCUCCUGCCCUCUCUCCUGCCCUCUCUCCUGCCCUCUCCUGCCCUCUCUCCUGCCCUCACUCCCGCCCUCACUCCUGCCCUCUCUCCUGCCCUCUCUACUGCCCUCUCCUGCCCUCUCUCCUGCCCUCUCCUGCCCUCACUCCUGCCCUCUCACCUGCCCUCUCCUGCCCUCUCUCCUGCCCUCACUCCUGCCCUCACUCCUGCCCUCUCUCCUGCCCUCUCCCUACCACCCUCACUCCUGCCCUCUCUCCUGCCCUCACUCCUGCCCUCACUCCCCUCACUCCUGCCCCUCUCCUGCCCUCCUCCUGCCCUCUCUCCUGCCCUCACUCCUGCCCUCUCACUCCUGCCCUCUCUCCUGCCCUCACUCCUGCCCUCACUCCUGCCCUCACUCCUGCCCUCUCUCCUGCCCUCCUCCUGCCCUCUCCUGCCCUCUCCUGCCCUCUCUCCUGCCCUCUCUCCUGCCCUCUCCUGCCCUCUCUCCUGCCCUCACUUCUGCCCUCUCCUGCCCUCACUCCUGCCCUCUCCUGCCCUCUCUCCUGCCCUCUCCUGCCCUCUCUCCUGCCCUCUCUCCUGCCCUCUCUCCUGCCCUCUCCUGCCCUCUCCUGCCCUCUCUCCUGCCCUCACUCCUGCCCUCUCUCCUGCCCUCACUCCUGCCCUCUCCUGCCCUCUCUCCUGCCCUCACUCCUGCCCUCUCUCCUGCCCUCACUCCUGCCCUCUCCUGCCCUCUCUCCUGCCCUCACUCCUGCCCUCUCUCCUGCCCUCACUCCUGCCCUCUCCUGCCCUCUCUCCUGCCCUCACUCCUGCCCUCUCUCCUGCCCUCUCCUGCCCUCACGGUGGUGAUGUCACACGGUGGGUCUGUCACACGGUGGUGA